AUGUUAGAUAUAGUAAACCAAAGUAUAUUAUUUUAAAAGCAAAUUCAAAAGAAAUUAAUGAAAGAGAAAAUAAACAAGAAAUACUUACAUGUCCUGAGAGAAAGAAACAUAAGCAAUCUAACGAUCUGAAAAAUAACGUAUCAUAUUCAAAUUUCUCAAGUUAUAAUGAUAGCAAUGGUGAUAAUUCAUGGACAAAUGUAACUCAAGAUACUACUAGCGAAUAUAUACCAAAUGAAACUGAAAGUUUAGAAAUUAAUAAAACAGGAGUAACAACAAACUCAGAAAAUAGUAUUAAUGAAGUAAGUAAUGUACCUGAAAAAAAGAAAUAUAAUGAAUUCAAGUUUAAUAUUCCUGGAAAUAGUGCCUGUGAUGAAUCUGAACUAAUUACUGAAUUAUCACGUGGUCCUCAAGGAAAUAAUAAAAAAAAUUUUUGUCUAUUUUGUCACACUCUGCAAAGUAAAAUAGUGCGUCAUUUGGAAAGCAAACAUUGUGAUGAGGAUCUAGUCAAAGAUUUUAUGCAUUUACCAAAAGGAUGUGCUGAACGUUUGCGUAAAAUAGGAAAUGUUAGAAAAGAAGGAAAUUUCAUUUUUAAUGUAACAAAAGAAUAUAAUCAUGGUCGAAUGAUAACAGUUCGAAGACCUAGACAAAAAGAAAAACGAUAUGGUAUAAAUUUUGUUAAUUGUCCAUAUUGUAAUGGAUUUUAUGCUCGAAAUAAUUUAAGACAUCACGUUCAACAAUGUAACGAAAUUGAAGGAUCACUUUCUUCGCGAACACUUUUACAAAAUGCUCGGCGAACUAUUGGCAGAUAUCAUCCAGAAGCUAGUAGAAGAAUGAGAAUAGAAAUAUUACCUAUCUUGCAAGAAGAUGAAGUUACUAAAACUAUUAGAUACGAUCGUGCUAUCAUUCUAUAUGGAAAUAGUAUGUGUAAAACACAAAUUCAUCAACAUCAAAAUACUUAUAUACGAGGUCAUUUACGUCUUCUAGGUCGUUUGGUAUUAGCCUUGAGAAAUCGAAACUCUGCAAUCAAUACUUUAGCAGACGCAUAUGCUCCACAAUUUUAUAGAACUGUAAUUGAAGCAAUUAAUAAUGUUGCAGAAUUAGAUUACAAAACAAAUAUGUACAAACAUCCGACUAAUGCGUCUACUCUUGGUACUUGUCUAAAAAAAAUUGGCAAAAUCUUAGAUGUUACAUAUAUGAUAGAUAAAGAUUUAAUGAAACGCAAAGAUGUUGAUGAUUUUAUGAAAAUAUAUGACGUAGAUUUUAGCGGAACUAUAAAUAAAAUAGUAACAGAAACUUGUACAAAAGUAAAACGACAAAAAAAGACCAUAUUACCCCGAACAUGUGAUAUUAAAACUCUUACCGCUUAUUUGAAAAGAAAGAUGGAAGAAUAUACAAAAACAUUAACACAAGAAUUUUCAUAUGCCAUAUGGAAAUCAUUAGCAGAGGUAACGCUCAUCGCUAUUCAGGUGUUUAAUCGUCGUCGAGCAGGCGAAACAGAAAGAAUUUUAAUUGAGGAUUUUAAAAACUAUGAAUGUGCCUGUGGGACAGGUUCUACGUGUAAAAUUUCUACACAGAAUUCUGACAGGACUCAUAACUAUGUUAGAUUUACCAUUCGGGGUAAAUUACGUAGAACUGUUCCAGUACUGUUAGAUGCGCAUAUGUUAAAAAGUACUCAACUUUUGCUACAAUUUCGAGAAGAUGCUAAUGUGUCAUCAGAUAAUCCUUUUUUGUUUGGAUUACCCAGUAAUGAAAAUGAGAAUAAACAUUUAGAUGCUUGUAAACUAAUGCGAAGUUUUGCAAGCCUAUGUGGAGCAAAAAAUAGCUUCGCACUUCGUGGAACAACUUUGCGCAAACAUGUUGCAACAAAAUGUGUGGAUUUAAACUUAUCGGAUAAUCAAAUAACGAGAGUAGCAAACUUCAUGGGUCAUCACGAACAUAUCCACAAAGAAAUCUAUAGACAACCUGUUGCUAAAGUCGACAUACUGGAAAUGUCAAAAAUUUUAGAAAAAGCUCAAGGCAUGGAUUCAACAGUUUCUAAUUAUGGAACUGAUAUAACUAUCAACAGUGAAGACAAUACUUUUUUCUUCAAUCAAGAUGUAUCACAAACAUUUAAUGAUAUAAGUGAAACUUCUACUAAUACUUCAAUAGAAAAGAAGAAAAAUAAGAUUGAGAAAGAAGAACAAAAAGUGAAGCAAAAACUAAUUAUACAAAAUAAAAAAAGAAUACGAAAGAAUACAAUAAAAAAUAUACAAAAUGUACAAAAAUUGAAUAAAAGUAAAGGUAAAUCUUGUUUAUGCUUAUCUUCUUACUGGUUUUUUUUGUUUAAUAUUUAUUCCAAAAAGUUAUGUACAUCUGUAACAUUUACAUAAACUUAAAGCAGGAAAGAAACAAAUUUCACCGAAGAAACAAAAUGUUUAUUCCAAAAAUAAAGGUUUAAUUUAUCGAAAAUAUUCAGAUAGUGAUUUAUCAGAUUAUAUAUUAAAUACAAGUUUAAGCAGCUCUAGUGAGAGUACAAUCAAUGUGCCAAAAAAACAGAAGAAUCAAGCAUGUAAAUAAGUGAUUAUUACAUUAUAUGCGUCAAGAUUCUAUUCGAUCAUUAUUUUAUUAAUGAGUAUAUUUGUAUUUCAGCCCGUAAAACAUAUCAAAAGAAAACACGAUGGACGGAUAAAGAAAUAAGUGAUGCAACAAUGCAUUUUUCAAAAUAUCUGCGUAAAGGAAAACUGCCACCUUUAUCAGAAAUAGAUAAAAUUAAAAUGACAUACAAUGUGUUAUGCGAUAGAAAACCAGAUGUAAUAAAGACCUGGUUACAUAAUCAGUUAAAAAAAAAAAAUUUUUUUUUUGAAUAAAACAUAUAUGCAUUCAUGA